GGCUUUCAGCGCAGUUCUGGACCGCAUAAUCUCCCUUAACCCGUCCGAUAGAUAAUUAUUUGCAAAGCUAUCUGGUUUUGGUUUUGCAAAACGCAGCGCGGCCGCUUCGCGAGCCGUUCAUUCCCGCUCGCCGCUCGCUUUCCCCUCUGCCUCUAAUCUCUCCCUCCCUCCCCGCAGGCCCCUCCCUCCCCGCUUUCUCGUCACCGAGCCCUUUUUCUGGCACAGCCUCGUCGCGGGAGAGAAGGAUUUUGUUCCUGGCGCUUGGGAGCAGAGAAGCAGCGGCUGGCAGGUUCCUGCUUCGAAGCUGCAUCUGGUCUGCCUCGCCUUAUUCUCGCUGCUGCCAGGAUGUCGGAGAAGCCUGCCGAGGAGGCUCCGGUGGAGCUCGGAGCCAAGGAACUGAAAGAGAAGAAGGAAAAGCAUGAGGAGAAGUCUGCCCGCAAAGACAAGAAAGAGAUCAUAGAGGAUGAUGAAAAUGGGGCCGAGGAAGAGGAAGAUGAUGAAGAUGCAAAUCCUGAGGAUGUAGAUGAUGAGGAUGAUGAAGAUGAAGAUGAUGAGAAUGAACGGGAACCAGAUACACAUGCAGUAAAACGAUCUGCAGAAAAGAAGCAGGAAGAGGAUGAAGUUGACCCAAAAAGAAAGAAGACAGAAAAUGGCUCUUCAGCUUGAUCCUCUUCAUUCCAUCCGCAUCCUCUUCUCCACCGUCCAACUAUCCGCACAGCUUCGUUCCUCCGUCUGUGCAGGCAGCCUCUUUAGUGCUGUAGCUGCAAAUGAGGAAGAAGAGGAGUCAAUGUGCUUUCUGUCAAGAGGAAGCUGAAGGAAGCUUUUCUCCAGCCCCAAGAUCUGUUUCCAUAUUACAGUGCUCCCCACAGUUUCAUUAUCCUUCACCCUCUGUUCAGAUAGCUCCAGUCUCUAGAAACACGGCUUCCUCCGAUCUCUUCCCAAGAACACCCUCACAAUUGCUGCCUGAGAUCCUCACAUGCCUCUGCUUUCGACACCUCUUUGCAAACUGCUCCCUGCUCCAGUCAAGCACUUCACGUCCCCAUUCCUCUUGGCCCCUUCCACAACCUUGUGGAGUUUCUAUGGUGCUGAAAGGGUUAAAUCACAUUUGGCACACAGGAAGUCCAGGGCCAGGGAAGUUUGCCAUGCUGUGUUCCUGUGCUGUGCCUGUUCCCUUUCUAUUGCAGGAAAAAGGCAAAAUGUAGUGGUGGUGGUGGUGGUGGUGACAAUAAUACAGUGAAAUGUGUUUUACUUAAAAAAAAAUAUUUACAGUUUUUAAUUAAUGCAUUUUGUACAAAUUUAAAUGACAGGCAGCAAGCUGAAUCUGGUGAACUUUUUUCUUCCUGGAGGCAAAGCUUGUUUUUAAUGUGUAAAGUAAUAUGUGAUUCAGUGUGUUUUUUUCCCCCCAUUUUGGGUGUUUUGUUUUUUUUAAUUAGGGGACCAAAGUUUGAUUUCUCCCUUGUUCCUGUCAGGUUCUUCUGUUGUUUUUCUUUGUAAAUUAAAGCAGAUCCAUCUGCAGUAUUUUCUAUGGCACAGACAUUAUGAGGAUGAGAUAUAUAAAUAUAUAUAUUGUUUAGCACUGUAAAUAAAAAAACCUUUCAAAAAGA